AUGAUUGUUCCAGUAAGCCCUAGCAUGAAUACCUCCUCCUUCCUUCUCAGUGGAUUUUCUGGUCUGGAGCAACAAUACCCCUGGAUCUCCAUUCCCUUCUCCACCAUCUAUGCUAUGGUGCUUUUGGGGAAUUGCAUGGUACUCUGUGUAAUCUGGACUGAGCCGAGCCUGCACCAACCCAUGUUCUUCUUUCUGGCCAUGCUGGCUGUCACUGACUUGUGCAUGGGGCUGUCCACUGUGCACACAGUGCUAGGGAUCCUGUGGGGAGUCAUUUGAGAGAUCAGCCUGGAUUUCUGCAUUGCCCAGUCUUAUUUCAUCCAUGGUCUUUCCUUCAUGGAGUCCUCUGUUCUUCUUACUAUGGCCUUUGACCGGUAUGUUGCAAUUUGCAAUCCACUGCGUUAUUCCUCCAUCCUGACUAAUUUCAGAAUUAUCAAAAUUGGGCUCACCAUAUUAGGUAGGAGUUUCCUCUUUAUUACACCCCCUAUCAUCCGUUUGAAAUGCUUCCAUUACUGCCGUGCCCACAUCCUCUCUCACUCAUUCUGCCUACACCAGGACCUUCUCCGCCUAGCCUGCUCAGACAUCCUCAAUAGCUACUAUGCCCUCAUGCUCGUCAUUUGCACACUAUUGUUGGAUGCUGUUCUUAUUCUCUUCUCCUAUGUCCUGAUUCUUAAGUCAGUGCUGGCAAUCGCCUCUCGGGAGGAGCGGCGUAAGUCAUUUCAGACCUGCAUCUCCCACCUUUGUGCUGUCCUUGUGUUCUACAUCCCUAUCAUUAGCCUAACAAUGGUGCACCGUUUCGGCAAGCAUCUGUCCCCAGUGGUUCAUGUCCUUAUGGGCAACAUCUACAUCCUUUUCCCACCUUUGAUGAACCCCAUCAUCUACAGUGUCAAGACACAACAGAUUCGUAGCAGAAUGCUCAGACUCUUUUCUCUGAAAAUAUAUUGA